GUAGCUCAGACAGCAACCAGACUAAUUCACCGUGUUUGGAUUCUUCACGGAAAGUACAUAUGGUAUAAUCCAUCAAAGAAGAGGAACACUCAGCCUCUCACCAACAGGUAGAAAGCAGAAAGAAGAAAUACUCAACACUGUUCUUCUUUACUCAUUAAUAACACACACAAUUGUACAGACUGAGUCAAACAUCUGGUAUCACGUGAUGAAUGACCCCAGAACACCAAGAUCAUUGGAGAAGCAGAACGUGUCAUUCCCAAGAAGUUAACACUUCCUUCUGUUGUGAAUGGGCACAUGGAGAGGACACAUCAUCUAAUUUAACAAAGCCAUUUGAGUUAUUCGGUCAGUCCUAGAAUCUAAUUACUGGAAAGAUUUUUAUGAAUCAUUCUAAACGAAACCUUCAUUUAUUGUAGAAAUAUAUGUAUAUACAUACAAUAGAUAAAUAGAUAUAUAGAUAUUUUGCAAUAUCUCUGGCAUAUAAUUGCUUGUCUUUAGUUUGAAUAUUUUCAGUGGCUGUGAAAUUACUACAUCCAUCAAUAAACUAAAUCUAGGCACACAUACGCUUGAUGCAAUGGAUAAAGAAAACCACUCAAUGGUGACUGAGUUUAUCAUCAUGGGCAUCACCCAGGACCCUCAGCUGCAGAUCAUCUUCUUCGUGGUCUUCCUCAUAGUUUACCUGGUCAAUGUAGUGGGGAACGUUGGUAUGAUCAUCCUUAUUAUAACAGACACUCAACUUCAUACACCCAUGUAUUUUUUCCUAUGCAACCUGUCUUUUGUUGACCUGGGCUACUCCUCAGCCAUUGCCCCCAGGAUGCUGGCUGACUUCCUAAAAAAGUACAAAGUUAUCUCCUUUUCCAGCUGUGCCACCCAGUUUGCCUUCUUUGUAGGUUUUGUAGAUGCUGAGUGCUAUGUCCUGGCAGCCAUGGCCUAUGAUCGUUUUGUGGCCAUCUGUCGACCCCUCCACUACAGCACCUUCAUGUCCAAGCGGGUCUGCUUGGCUCUCAUGCUGGGCUCUUACCUGGCUGGUCUAGUGAGUUUAGUAGCCCACACUACCCUCACCUUCAGCCUGAGUUACUGCGGUUCCAAUAUCAUCAACCAUUUCUUCUGUGAAAUCCCACCACUCUUGGCCCUUUCUUGCUCAGACACCUACCUCAGUGAGAUCUUGCUCUUCAGUCUGUGUGACUUCAUUGAAUUCAGCACCAUCCUCGUCAUCUUCAUCUCCUAUAUCUUUAUCCUCAUUGCAAUUAUCAGAAUGCAUUCAGCUGAAGGCCGCCUUAAGGCUUUCUCCACCUGCGGGUCUCACCUUACUGGUGUCACCCUCUUCUAUGGCACAGUCAUGUUUAUGUACCUGAGGCCAACAUCCAGCUACUCCCUGGGCCAAGACAAGUGGGCCUCUGUGUUCUACACAAUUAUCAUCCCCAUGUUGAAUCCCCUGAUCUACAGUUUGCGGAACAAGGAUGUGAAAGCUGCUUUCAAAAAACUAAUUGAAAAAAUAUAUAAUAACACAAAAUGAAAAUCUGUUUUUGUCAUAGGUAAAUGAUAGUAGUGGAGAAAGAUAGGAAAUGCAAAUAAGUUUUUGAUAAACACCAAAGUUAUCUUCUUGCUAAGUAAAUAUUACAUUCUGAAGGGUGGUCUCUAAUCCUUAACUCUACAAUCUGAAAGAAAUAUAAAUUAAAUUAGUAUUUUUGAAAGACAUACUGAAAGAUGCAUUUGUUUCUUAUUUAAAGUUGGUUUACACAUUAAUUAGAAAUUGGGGCAGAACUUGAUAGAAGAAAGAAAUACCCAAUCACUCUGAAGCAUUCUUUUUUUCCCUAGGGUCAUGAGAAAUGCCCGGUCCGAAUGUUGAAAUUUCUUUUACUCUCAAAAGAAGUCAGAGAAAAUGUAGUUAAAAACAGGUAGAAUGGGGCUGUUGUAAGGGACAAUAUAACUCAGUCUGAGAUCUUUACUUACAUGUAUUUACCAAAAUAUUUUAAGUGCUAUGUAUGUGCCAGGUUCUAGAGGGCAUAAACAUAUGACUUUUUUGCCCACAAGGAGUUUGUUGUGCUUUCAGUGUCUGUAUUGUCUCUCUGAAUCUGCUGCCACCAGUAACUAAAUCAUUAACUAUGCAAAGUCCAAAGAUAAAAGCCAGAGAUUUAAGUUCUGCUGGUAACUAGCUAUAAUUAGGGAAUAAGAUUGUCUUGUUUUUUUUUUUUUCUGUCCUCAGCUUUUCCUUUAGUGGGUCAAGUGGUUGGGUUUGACUAAUAACCUUGGGAUUUCUUUAACCUUCUCUGCCUAAUAUUAAAAAGAAUAGGCCUCAAAGUUUCAUCAUCUUUACAUAUUGACAUCUUCUUGGCCCUCAGAGAAAAUGCAAGAACUGUGGGACCCUAAGAAAUAUAAAGUUGAGCUCAAUCUCUAAGGCUGAUUUUAGCAAGAUUGUAAAAUUCACAUGAUUAACUUACCUGCUCCCAGCUAAAAUUAGUCCUGUCUUUUAUCUUAAUUAUACCCUAGCUUUCCCUUGGGCCAUGGGUCUCCAUGCCCUCCACCAGCAUCCCCAGGCCCUUAUCAAAGAAUAGUCUCAUUAACCCUGAUGUAUCCGUGACUGGCAAGAAAAAUUACAUAAUUUUUAUUCACAUGUUCUAAAGGCUACAAAAUGUUAAAUUGAAAACAAGAGUGCUAACAUUUUCCAGAUAUGAUGAAAUUCUGUCACACUAACAGUUUUGAAUACUUAUAAUAAAUCAUCUUUCUGUUUGAA